GUUCAUAAAUUGUGUGCAAAUUCAACAAUGAAAUCUACACGAAUAAACUGGUCGAUGAUGUUCGCUGUGGUGUUCAACAUCCACACAGGCGUCGCCUUGAACAUAACGGAGGUGAAGGUGCCGGAGUGGGUGGAGGCGGGCUCCUCCGCUGACUUGAGGUGCUCGUGGACGCCGGAACAUCGGCAGAUCUGGGCGCUGCGGUGGUACCAAGGGCUCAAUGAGAUCUACCGCUGGACGCCCAGUAAAGAAGAUCCCAAGCAAAUCUUCAAGAACCCACAUCUCACCGUUAAUCCGCUGAUGUCGACACAAGGCACCGUACGUCUCACGAACGUGCGGCACGAAGCUGCGGGUCUCUUCCGCUGCGAGGUCUCCGCCGAAGCUCCGGCGUUCAGAACAGUUUACGGAGAGAAGGAGUUGAAAGUCGUCACGCUGCCGAAGAGCAUCCCGCAGUUCGAGGGUCUGCAGCCACAGUACCGAGAAGGGGACUGGGUAGACCUGGUCUGCAGCUCAGGCCCUGCUAGACCCGUGCCACAGCUUGAGGUCUACAUCAACGGGGAGAUGCCGAGCCACCUGGACCCUCAGCUGGUGCAGCAGAGCGCGCUGGAUGGGCUGCAAGUGGCCAGCUUACGACUGCGCUUCGUGCUGCGCCAUUUCCACUUAACGUCGCCAAGUGGCGCUCCUGCAGAGACCAGAGUGCGCUGCGUAUCCAGGAUACCUGAAGUCAAUUACCAAGAGUCCAGUGAAGUAAUUCUGAGCACGAGACCGCAGCACUAUUUCGCCGCGGGCAUGGACGGCAGAACGGCCGGAGCGGCGGCUAGCUUCCACUCAGGUAUAUAUGAACUCGCCAUGAUGUUCAUUUUGCCUCUCUGGUGGAUCUGGUGA